CAAAAUCACCAAAUUGUGACACAGCUCCCAUUGCCAACAACUGUUGUAGAUUUUUGGCGUCUGGUGACACAGUAUAAUAUCUGCAUUGUUAUAGCAUUUGAAGGAGACAGCGUUAAUGAAGAUCAGGUGAUGGACGAUACAUUUUUGUUUCUUUAUUUUUUUCUUUAAAUUUGUAAUGUAUAAAUAUUUAUUUAUGAAACUUAAUGCUAUAUCCCUUAAUUAAAAUAUGCAGAUUAAUUCAUAUAUAUAUAUACAUAUAUAUAUAUAUGUAAAUAUUUAUUUUUAGAAAAAAUGAGCUAGAAUGAUUUAAUCGUAUCAUACAAAUACAUCAAUAAAUAUUAAAGUUUCAUUUUGCUUAUUUGUCAAAUAUGCCAUUAUCAUUUAGGCUUGAACAUAAUUCUAAUUAUCUCAAAACUUCAAAUGUUUGUAAUGACGCGAGCACUGAAACAUAGUUUACAAUUUGUGUUUUUAAGUUUUCUAAAAUCUAUGUCUUUCCACACUAAAAGACUGUAGCACGUUAUCUGCCUAAAAGCGUUGACGAGCCAUUGUCCUGUACACCAUUUGAAAUCCACACUGGGCCCGUGGCAGCCGAAAGCUUUUGGGAUGAACAGAAAAUAAAAGUAUACCUUACCAAAACGAAUAAGACUGUAAGACAUGAUUAUAUUAAGUGUUGUUUCCGUUUAUCUCUAAAUAUAAAAUUAAUUGAACUUAAAUUAAUACCUUAUGUAUCGACUACCAUUUAAAUCGACAGCUAAGGCAAGGCUGCUUCCGUCUUUUGAAAAAUUUCAAUUUGGAUCUUUCUGCAAAGGGUUUAUUUUAUACCUUUUAUAAUAUUUCUGUCCUCGCUUUAAUGUUUGGUCUUGGUUAAAGCUGUAUUGUUUAUUUAAGUGUAAACGAAUUCAUGUUUGUUUUAAAGAUGUGACCAAGUUACUUCAAGUGACUUGAUUGAAACCUAAAUUUUGGAAUGAAAAAAUACAUCUCAAUUUUCAAUUCUUUAUAAGCUUUUUCAAAAACACUUUAUGAAUCAGUCAAGUCACUAAAAUUUUAACAUUUUGAAAUUCAUUUAUAUUAUGCUAGACGACUUCAAUCAGUUAGGACCAUUGAGGAAACAAACUAAAUAUAUUUUAAAGUGUAUAUUCUCAUUGCCGGUUCUCUGUUUUUUUUUUAAAUUUCUUUAAAGAUAUCCCAAUAUCGGAACCCUUAUUUGCUUUGAUGACCUUAGCCCAUUGUCCCAGUUGCCCACUCUUUCUCUGGAUGUACUUGAGUAUUUUUGUCAUAUAAUCAAACACAUUUGUUUGCAUGUCUUCGUCUCUGCGUUUUAUUAGAUGCCCAUGCUCCUGAUAGUUUUAACCAGUGCCUUGUAUUUACCAAUGUCUCCUGUACCCGUUUGACAUCAAUAACAAUUCAUAAGCGUAGACCUGUUGUUUUUUUUAGACAAUAAAGUAUCAUAAAGGCCCAUUGUAUCACGUUUUGUAAAUAAAAUCAUAAGCUUAACUUACUUUGAGAAUGUUUAAAAACAAAAUAAAAAAUAAAAAAGGUUGAUACCUUAAAAUGUUUACACUUGUUUAAAAGUUCUCGGAUUAACUGUUGCUCAAAACUUUUAAUUUGAAGUAAAACAGCAACAUGCAUAAAACUAUUAAAACUUCUCUUCCAAUAAGACCUGAAUAAGAUGGAACAUUUUAGUUUACGAGAACGUUUGGUGACUCUGCUUGACUCGACUUAUAAUUUGACAUGUUUAAAAGUACAAAAUACGAAAAUUUUAAUACUUUCAAAUAGUUUCAUUGGUUUACUUUGCUGAUAAAAAAAUAAAUAUUUGUAUUUUUUGAAGGUAGAUUUUUAAAAAAAACCAAACAUUUAUUUCUACAGAAAAGCACAGCUGAUCACAUUCUCAAACACAUCAGAUAUCAUUUAAAUGAUUUAACAACAGAAAAUUUCCUGAACUUCAUGAAGAAGAUUCAAGUUUGUGCUUGCCAGGAAGAAGGGGUUGUCCUUUACAUGUGCAGGUAA